GUAUUUGAUGAUGCGGCCAAGUCGCCGAUGAGCGUGGUAAUUGUGGACAACAUUGAGGGUCUCAUUGAGUACAACCCAGUGGGGCCACGCUUCUCCAACUACAUGGUUCAAGCCCUCAAAGAUCUUGUCUCGCAGCCUCUGCCAGCGGGUCGGAAGAUGCUGGUACUGGCAACCACGAGUAUGCGUGAGGCUAUGGAGGAGCAGCAACUAACACGCGCCUUUGCUUGGCACCUUCACGUUGGCAUGAUGUCGACGCCAGAGCACAUCCUCUCAGCUUUGGAGGAGGACCAGCGAUUCACGCCCCAAGAAUGUCGUGUCAUUGAGCAGAGUCUCGUCCAGCGCAAACAAACCGACCCGUCGUUCAAUCUCUGCGUUGGAAUCAAACAUCUCAUAGACCUUAUUGACCUUGUCACGCAGAUGGAGCCGGAUCACAGGGUGUCGGAAUUUCUGUCAAAGCUGGAGGACGAUAAUCUCGUUUAA